AUGCUGACAUAUAACCAACGUGCCCAAACGGCACUCUUAAAGGCUAUUAACCGUGUUUUCGAUCUAGAUCGUGAUGCCGAAUCCCUCGAAGGGCUCUCGAAUGGGAUAACCCUGGGCCACAUCUUGCAUGAAUUGGAUUCCGAGUUCGACCCGUCGCAUCUUGAAUCAAAUCCAGGGGCAACGAAAACCUUGGCCAACAAACGCAACAGACAAGCCAUCUACAAGGGCCUCUUUCGUUUUAUUCGCCGCCAGAUUCCCGAACUCAGCUGUCAGGCAAAAAAGUUCGACUAUCAUGCUUUCGUCGAGAAUCCUGAGCCGCAGGGUAUCAGUCAGCUCCUGGCUGUCAUGGUCUCGGCUGCUGCAAUGGGCCCAGAUAAUCAAAAAUAUGUCCCCAGAAUUCAGAAUGGGCUAGACCGGGAUACACAAGCCGAAAUCAUGCAGAUAAUUCGAGCUAUGCAACAAGAUAUUGCCAAUUCCAAAGAUGACGACGAGCUGGACGAGGCAAUUGAUGCUGCUAUGGGAGCUCGUGAUAUCGAGCUUCUCGUAGAGGAACAAAAUGCUGCUUUGCGACAGCAACUUGAUAUAACGAAGAAGACUCUUUCAGACUACAUCACUCGCUUAGAGCAUCUGCAGCAGAGCCACGAAGAGCUUGCGUAUGACAAAGAGAAAACAGAUCGCGAGCUGGAAGUUCUAAGAAAAGCGACCCAAGACGAGGCACAUAGUGCGAAGACCAUUAAGCAUCUGGAAGAACAAGUCCACGAACAGAUGGAGAUUAUCGCCAGGAACGAAGAGGUCAUUCGUAGCAGUCAAAAAUCCGUUUCUCAAUUGGAGAGCGAGGUGCAGCGCCUGAGCCAAAAGAAUAUGCAAGCGGAUGAGUUUCGUGACCAAAUGGCAGAAUGGAAGCACAAAGCAGAGGAGCUUGAGAAGAAGGCCAACAUGGCGGAACGUUACAAACAGAAACUGGAAUCACAGCAGAGUCUAGUGCGAGAAGUACAGAAUUUACAGUACGAACGAGCAGAGCUCCAAGAGCAGCUCCGAUCACUCAUGGAAGAGAGAGAGAAGAGUGACCGUACCAAGAAAGCGGAGGAUGAGUUAACGAAGAUGAUCACGCAGUCUGAACAACAUCUAUGGGAUGAGCGCAACCAGAAGGCGCAACUUCUGAAAGAUGUUACAGCUCUCCAGGAAGAACUCAUGCGAUUACAAGCUCAAAGAACACAUGAUGAGCAUUUCAUCCAAGACUUGCAGGAACAGUUGCAGCACAACGGCGGCAGUACGGUGCAAGAAGUUGAUAUUAGUGAAACUUCGACACCGUUCAAUCUCGAGGAUGAACUUCUCAUUGCGUCAAAGGAAGACACACAGACUAACAUGCCCUUGGAGCUUUCUAGAUUGAGAGCAGAGAAUGAAUUGAUUCGGAAGACGGUGGGAUCUCAUGGAGAUGCCUCCAUGCUUCGACGAGAGUUAGAAGAGCUUAAACGACAACGAGAACGACUUCAGCAAAACUUCAACGCCAUAUUUGAGAAAUAUACCAUCACGAAUGAUCACAUGCAGGCUCUGAUGAGUGAUAAUGCUGAUGAAGGGACCGAGGCAUUUAUUAAACUUCGACAAGAGUUGACACGACUAGAACUUGAAUUUGAACAGGCCAGGAAGCUGACAAAUAGCCUUGAAACCCAGCUGGCAGACAAGACUCGAGAAUUGCUUGCUGCGCAGGCCGACUUGUCUGCGGUCCAAAAGGACAGCAUCACAGCAUUAUAUGAGUUGAAGAGCACGGAUAAACUGAUAUCAACUUCAUUGACAAACGAACUUGAGCAAUUGAGGGAAGAAACUAGUUUUAUAACAAAUGAGCGGGACGCACUGAAAUCACAGCUCAUUGAGGCUUUGCUAGCGAAUGACAAACUCCGGAAAGAGUCAGAUGAGAGCAAAGAUUUGCAAGAUGCCACUGGUUCCUCGACAGACGGCGACGGCUCAGAAGCCGCUAAGAAGGCCGCCGAAAAGGUUGAAAAGUUACGAGAACGCCUUAUUCAGAGAAAUCAGCAACUCGAGAAGUCAGAACAGGAAAGGCUCGAAUUACAAGCCAGACUGAAGGCAGCACAACUUGGGGAAAUCUCGGCAGCUCAAAAGGCUGCAUCCGAUCAUAUUAUCAAGAACCUCCAAAGGGAAAACGCACUUAUUGCCACCGCCUGGUAUGACCUUACGAGCCGACUUCAGAGCAACCACGUCGUACUUCAGCGCCGACAUGAUGCUCCCAAGAGCUGGCUUAACAAACAGAGGCAGUUGGUGAAUGCGACUUCAAGGAGGUAG